AUGGCAAAGUCUUACGAAAUCACCUUUGUGAAAGGGAUGAAUUGGCCCAAGGUCGAUACCUCGAGCUGGUGCAACCCGUUUUGUGUCUUUUUAGAUAAGGGGAUGGAGAUCAAGACCACUCAUGAUAACAACACCAGUGAUCCCAAAUGGGAUCAAUCCUUUAGUGUUGUGUCCACUGGUGAUCUUUUACAGAUUGAUUGCUACGACUGGGAGAAGAGUGGUGAGAAUGUCCUCAUAGGUAAAUUUACAAUCGACUUUGCCGACUUUUGCGAUAUCUCAGUCAACAAAAAUAUCAAAUUUGACAUUGUUCUAAUCGACUCUUUCGUCUCAAAGAAGAAAAUCCAAGACCGUCCAGCUGUUGUAGUGAUGACCAUCACCAACGUUGAAAAGCGCAAAAAAGAAGUCGAGGAACAAACACGUAAAGAAGAGGAAGAGCGGAAAAAAGCCCAGUUUGUUGAAGAAAAUGAGCGGAAAGAGGCAAUGGUCGAGUGUAAACGGCAGCUUCGUGAAUUUGCAGAAGAUGGGUUAAAAGACAAGUUAAAGACGGUUCAGUACCAGCUCAUGACUUGGACCGCCUUAUCAAAUUAUCACAUCACUUACACCACAGAUGUUGACUCUUGGGUUGAACGCGAGGUGAAGUUAAGUGUUAAUAAUGUCAAGAAUUACAUGUUUUUAGUCAUCGAUUCAAAAGGAAACCUUUUUGGAACGUACGUUGACGAAUUGGUUGAUGGCAAUUCAAAAGGUUCAGUCUUUCUAUUCACUCUAAAAAGUCCAAUAAUGGGAGUCUACCUUCACAAAUACACACCAAAGAGUAUUGAAGAUGGGAUAGUCUCACUAGGUAAUGGCGCAUUUUUUACUGUCAAAAAUGGGUUCUCCAUCUCCUCAUCUUCAUGUAGCAUUGAAAAUGCAAUCAAUCAAGAAUUCGUACAAGACGAUGGCAAAGAGUUUGAUGCAGACGUUUUUGUCGGCGCAACAUCGCCCAAGACAUUUUCUGCUCGAUGCGUGUUUGGCAUUCAGUGGUACUAA